CGCGUUCACCGAUUGGGCCGUUUAGAGACACUUCCUACUUUCGGCGUAAUGCUGUUUACAACAACGAAGACUCCUUUGUGUCAGCAUGUCGAAUGAAAUACACGAAGCGGCGUUUCCAGCUGGGGAAGAAAGUGAUGAAAGCGACGAUGCCUGGGAGAUAGGAGGUUCUGAAAAACGCACACACGCGCCACCAAGCACCACCUUACCUGAAGAUAAGGUAGCAGUUUUUAAGGGAGCUAUAACUGCAGGAGAUGUUCAACUGGUUGAAAAUCUAUUGAACUCUGGGAUGGAUGUAGAAGCUCGCUUUGGGUUUGGAUGGACCCCACUGAUGUGUGCAGCUAAUGCUGCCCAUUUUGAGCUGGCACAGGUCCUUUGUGACAGAGGAGCAAGUGCAAACUUCAGCAAGGAUCAGUAUACAGUCUUGAUGGCUGCAUGCACAGCUCCAGCACCCGAAGAGAAAAUUGCCAAGUGUGUAGAACUGCUGUUGUCUAGGAAUGCGGAUCCUAAUGUUUCUAACAAUUCCCAUAUGACUCCACUAAUGUUUGCUGCUAGAGAUGGGCACAAACAUGUCAUAACGCUACUAGUUUCCCACGGAGCAGAAUUAAAUAGCCAGGAUAGAAAUGGUUAUACAGCACUCAUGUAUGCAGUUCAGUACGGACGAGAAGGUGCAGUUUUAAAGUUGAUUGAACUCGGAGCUGGCAUAACGACUAAAACUAAAGAAGGGAUGAUGGCAGCUGAUAUUGCUAAAAUGUACAGCCAUUCUCAGAUUUCAGCAAUUCUUGCUUCACCACAAAAUCAGAGUGGAAAGCCUGAACCCUUGUCCAAGGAGGAGACUCUCUUUAAGUUUUUUAAAAGAGAUCCUGAGCCAACACCAGACCCUAGUGAAAGUUGCUGUAAAUAUGUUGGUGACAUGGAGCUGCUUUUACAUGGCCUCAAGUUAGAGCACCUUACAGAAACAAUGUUGGAAAAUGACAUAUCCUGGAGCAACCUACUGGUGAUGGAGAAAGAAGACCUAGAAAAGAUUGGCAUCACAAAUCCAGAAGACCAGAAAACGGUUUUGACUGCGAUUAAGGACAUGCAGUUGGAUAAGGUAGAACUAGACCAGUUCACAGAACUAGGAAACUUUGAUCACAGCAGUGAAGAACUUUACAAUUUCCUGAUCAGCCUAAGGCAGCAAUGCAGUUACUUGACAGAGACUGUUCAGGAUGUCAUAAACAAGCUGCCAAGGAGUGCAUGCGAGCUGGUCCUGGAUUGGGAUCCUAAAAUGCAAUCACAGUCCAUUUGUGAUGAGUUGGUUGAGCAAAUUGGGGACCUGCACAAAGAGGCGACUUGCUUAAGCAACUUGCUGAACAAGAUGAAUCAGAGAGACGACCCCUGCAGAGUGCCAUCUACUGCAGCUUGUGCUGAUCAGAACAGAAGAGUUCUGAAAAUAGCAGGGGGCUUGUUUGGAAUUGGAUUGCUCUUUUUUUAUGCUUUAAAGAAAGCUUAAGCUGUGCUGAAAAUGUUGAUUCUUCCCAUGUGUUGUUUGUUGCAGUUUUCUUUGUGUUUGUAAAAGACUUGCAUAAAGUCUUAAUUUUCAGGCAUAUAUGCUUUUAUUUCUUUUAUAUUUAUUUUAUUUUUAUACCAGUUUUGUUGCAAACAUUUUGAGGUUCUGAUGUUGUAUAGAGAUUAUGUGAAUUAAACUUGAAGUAAUAAAGAAAAGUUCUAGAAUGAAACUUAAGCUUUUGGUACAAUGAGCCAAACAAUUAUAUUUAAAAAAAGCUACAAUUUUGUUUUAUUGAGAUAACAAUAUAGGAAGUAACAUAAUAUGGUCCUUUCAGUAUAAAGCUAAGGCUGUCUACUUGAAUUCAUACUGCAGUGAAGUUCAUGUUGCUAGUUUGGUUCUACUAAUGUUUUGUUGCCUAGGUUCCUUUUGCAGUCGGUGCUAAUAAAUGGCAGAUUUCACCUGA